ACACACGCACACACGCACACACAUCAUGUUUACCGGGUCUCACAAGAAGUUCGCCGCUCUGGCCAUGGUCCUGGUGGCCCUUGUCGCCUGCGCCUCGCAUGGUGAUGCCAAGGCCGCCACCCGUCGGUCUCGGCGGGCCCUUAGCCGCGUGCGCCAGUCCCGCCGGGCCCUGGGUCGCCGUGCGGAGGGGUCCUCCGCCAGCGGGUCGGAGACGCUGGGCUCCGGGGCCCCCGGCUCCGAGGCCCCCGGCUCCGAGGCCCCCGGCUCCGAGCCCUCCUACGAUUACACCACCCCCGUGGACCUGACCACCUCCUGCCAGGUCGACCGCCUGGACUGGGACGUGGUGGUGGAGACAUGCAUCGACGAGGACCCCUGCACCACCGAGUGCGUUUGGGCCUGGUACCAGAGCGCCAACUGCUACCAGCUCUUCGACGAGGAGGGCGGCCCGGAGAUCUGCCAGGACGAGCUGGACGAGCUGCGCGAGCUGUGCCCGGAGGCCACCCAGCUGGCCGAGGCCACCUGCACCACGAACCUGCCCCCGGUGCCGGCGGACUGCACCGACGAGAAGAUGGAUGACAUGCUGCCGGAGAAGUGCCUGGCCGGGGAGGACACCGCCAGCCGCUGCAGCCAGGAGUGCAUCGAGGCCGGCAUGAACCUGUACGUGUGCGAGGUCAAGCGCUUCCAGUACACCGAGCAGCACUGCUGGGCCGGCGCCGUGGAGACCAGCCUCACGGACCCGGACUUCUCCAACCCCCAGCGGUGCCCGGCUGGCACCUAUGGCGGUGACACCGCCACCGAGGAUGUGGCUGCCCAGUUCCAGUGCGCCGCCCCGGCCGACGCGUCCGGCAGCGAGCCGCACUCCGGCAGCGAGCCGCACUCCGGCAGCGAGCCGCACUCCGGCAGCCAGCCGCACUCCGGCAGCGAGCACAGCGGCGAGCAUGGCAGCUCCAGCUCCGGCAACGCGGCUUCCAGCCUGCGCGCCAACGCGGCCGCCCUGGCCGGCGCGGUCCUGGCCGCCGCGGCCAUGAUGCUUGCCUAAAGGCCGGCCGCGGGGGCUGUGUGGACCUGCCACCACCGCCGCGUGUGUCCCAUGGAUCAGCCUGUUGCCAGGCGCAAUGUGCCUGGCAAUCGGACAGCGUGGGGGCCUCUCCAACAGGGGAAGGCCAAAGCAACCUGGCAGGGAGGGGGACCCAUUGCCCAAUGGGCAACGCGUGUGUCCCCCAUGUUCGUGUGUAUGCGAGUAUCCGUGUAGGUGUGUGAGAGUCUAACGCGUAUGUAUGUGUAAAUGAAUAUAUAC